AUGCCCAUAGUCUCAAAUGAUCCCAGUUGGUGGCCGUUCAUCAAUGCGGAUAGGGUUUUCAGCUAUUUUGCAGUUGCAGUCUUUGCUGGGGGGAUGUAUGAUUGGGGUAAGCAAGAUAAGCAUCCAGGAACCGCUGAUAUCCUUAUGGUAGUAUUUCCAGCAUUGACAUUCGGGCAAGAGGUCGAACUGAUCUGGAGGCAACGCUGGUCCCUCGUGACUUUUCUCUAUAUCAGUCGGCAUACAGCCAGUGUUACAACAAUCCCAGUCACAGAUGUAGGAUGCUUUAUCUUGUACCUCAUAAGAAAUUGGACGAAUAACACCAUAACUGUAAUACUGGACGUCAUCAUGAUCACUCGGUUACAUGCUAUGUACCAGCGAUCCAGAAAGGUCCUGAUACUUCUCGGUGUCGUCUUCCUGAUUGUCAAUAUCGCGAUCAUAGUGAUCAGCGCAAUAAUAACGAACCGUACUAUUUCAGGGGAGGAGCUCAUUCUCUCCGGCACCUAUCAGUGCACUAUUAACUUUGAGUCAGAUACCAUGCGUCUGUCGUCCAUGACUUGGAUACUGAGUACUGUAUGGGAGGUCUUCGCACUGUGUCUCGCUGUCUGGAUUGCUGUAAAAUACUUCCGAGAACUGCGACGACAAUCGACAGGAGGGAUUCUCGGAGACUGUUUCACGGUGUUGAUGAAAUCUCAUGUGGGCUACUUUGCGAGCUUUGUUGCUGUUUCUUGCUUCGAGCUCGGUUAUGAUUUGUCGACGAUGCCAGCGAUUUACCUUGGGUUUCUUCAAAUAUUUAUGGUUGUGCAGUUGCUUGUGCUGGGACCACGUCUCAUCCUUGACGUUCGAGAAUAUCACGCUAAGCUUGUGGACGACUCAGACGCAGCAACUGCCAUGACUUCAAUUGCCUUCCAGGAGCGUGUACAUGUGUCAACUAGCAGUAGUGUGUAG